AUGCUAGCAGUGGGUGUCAGGCAGGGUAACAGCAGCAGGCACAACUUCGGUCCAGGUAUAACCAUCCAAAGAAACCUGCAAGCUGACCAGGGUUAUUUUGGAGACCCCUGGAACGUCUUUGACUUCGUCAUCGUCAUUGGAAGUGUUGUGGACGUGAUGCUGAGCGAAGUUGAUUCUUCUGAGAACAUGAGCGUGUCGGUAACAUUCUUCAGACUGUUUCGUGUCAUGCGUCUUGUGAAACUUUUGAAUCGCUCUGAGGGGAUACGGAAUCUUCUGUGGACCUUCAUCAAAUCCCUUCAGGCUCUUCCCUAUGUGGGCCUGCUUAUUCUCAUGCUGUUCUUUAUAUAUGCUGUGGUUGGAAUGCAGAUAUUUGGUAAAAUUGCAUUGGUUGACGGCACAUACAUCAACAGGAACAAUAACUUCCAGACAUUCCCACAGGCUGUGCUGCUGUUAUUCAGAUGUGCUACAGGGGAGGCAUGGCACGAAGUGAUGUUAGCUUGUAUGUACGGGAAGAAAUGUGACCCCAAGUCGGACUACUUGCCUGGGGAAGAGUUCACCUGUGGAUCCAACUUUGCCAUCAUCUACUUCAUGAGUUUCUACAUGCUCUGUGCCUUUUUGAUCAUCAACCUAUUUGUGGCUGUCAUCAUGGAUAACUUUGACUACUUGACACGUGAUUGGUCUAUCCUUGGCCCCCAACAUUUGGAUGAGUUCAAGAAAAUAUGGGCCGAAUAUGAUCCUGAGGCAACGGGGCGUAUUAAGCACCUUGAUGUGGUGACACUGCUACGAAGAAUACCUCCUCCUCUGGGUUUUGGCAAGUUUUGUCCACACCGUAUCGCCUGCAAGGGAAAUGGUGGUGAGUUUGGAAUAAACCUCUGUGUGGUUCUUCCAGUUCCAGUGUACUAA